CGGGCGCUGGUGCUCACGGUCCGCCCUGUCCCGCGUCUUUGCCCACCCGGGGCUUCCGGACGUGGAGUUGUGCUGCCACUUGCCUCCGACUGGUGGAGGAAAUGCAAGGGCCGGGCCAGGGCCCCUCCCGCCCAAGUGGCUGGUCAAGUUUCGGAGCGGCGGCCGCAGCCAGGGCGACGAGAACUCGGCCGCCGCUCGGCCGUUUCCGCUGUCCCGCGGCGGCUCUCCUCGCGCCGGGGGCGGAAACAGUUUCCUCGCGCUAGCUCCGGAACCUCGCAGCUCGGGUACGGUUCCCGGCCGGAUGCCGAGCUCCCGGAAGCAGAAGUGCUUGCUGGAGUUACUCUGGCGGCGCUCCGGGUGCGACCGGGGUUGCGAGGAGAGCGCCAUGGAGCACGUGACUGAGGGCUCCUGGGAGUCGCUCCCGGUGCCUCUGCACCCGCGGGUGCUGGGGACCCUGCGGGAGCUGGGUUUCCCGUACAUGACGCCGGUGCAGUCUGCAACCAUCCCUCUGUUCAUGAAGAACAAAGACGUUGCUGCCGAAGCGGUCACAGGUAGCGGCAAAACCCUCGCCUUUGUCAUCCCCAUCCUGGAAAUUCUUCUGAGAAGGGAAGAGAAGUUAAAGAAGAGUCAGGUGGGCGCCAUCAUCAUCACCCCCACUCGGGAGCUGGCCAUUCAGAUCGAUGAGGUCCUGUCGCACUUCACGAAGCCCUUCCCCCAGUUCAGCCAGAUUCUUUGGAUCGGAGGCAGGAACCCUGGAGAAGAUGUCGAGAGGUUCAAGCGACAAGGAGGGAACAUUGUUGUGGCGACACCAGGCCGCCUGGAGGACAUGUUCCGGAGGAAGGCGGAGGGCUUGGACCUGGCCAGCUGUGUGCGGGCCCUGGACGUCCUGGUGCUGGAUGAAGCAGACAGACUUCUGGACAUGGGAUUUGAGGCCAGCAUCAACAGCAUCCUGGAGUUCCUGCCAAAGCAGAGGAGAACGGGCCUUUUCUCGGCCACGCAGACGCAGGAGGUGGAGAACCUGGUGCGUGCCGGGCUCCGCAACCCUGUGCGCAUCUCAGUGAAGGAGAAGGGGGUGGCGGCCAGCAGCACCCAGAAGACACCCUCGCGGCUACAGAACUACUACAUGGUAUGUAAGGCAGAUGAGAAGUUCAAUCAGCUGGUACAUUUCCUUCGGAAUCACAAGCAGGAAAAACAUCUGGUCUUUUUCAGCACCUGCGCCUGUGUGGAAUACUAUGGGAAGGCCCUGGAGGCCCUGGUGAAGGGUGUGAGGAUCAUGUGCAUUCAUGGGAAGAUGAAGCACAAGCGCAACCAGAUCUUCAUGGACUUCCGUAAGCUGCAAAGUGGGAUUUUGGUGUGCACGGACGUGAUGGCCCGGGGAAUUGACAUUCCUGAAGUCAACUGGGUUUUGCAGUACGACCCUCCCAGCAAUGCGAGUGCCUUCGUGCAUCGCUGCGGCCGCACGGCCCGCAUUGGCCACAGCGGCAGUGCCCUUGUGUUCCUGCUGCCCAUGGAAGAGGCCUACGUCAGCUUCCUCGCCAUCAACCAGAAAUGCCCACUGCAGGAGACGAGGCCCCAGGGGAACGCGGUGGACCUGCUGCCGAAGCUCAAGGCCCUGGCCCUGGCCGACAGAGCCGUGUUUGAGAAGGGUAUGAGGGCCUUCGUGUCCCACGUCCAGGCCUACGCCAAGCACGAGUGCAGCCUCAUCUUCCGGCUGAAGGAUCUUGAUUUUGCUAGUCUUGCUCGAGGUUUUGCCCUGCUGAGGAUGCCCAGGAUGCCAGAGCUGAAAGGCAAGCAGUUUCCGGAUUUCAUGCCUGUGGAUGUUGACACAGACACGAUUCCGUUCAAAGACAAAGCCAGGGAGAAACAGAGGCAGAAACUGCUGGAGCAGCAAAGAACAGAGAAAACAGAAAACCAAGGCAGAAGGAAAUUCAUAAAAAAUAAAGCUUGGUCAAAGCAGAAGGCCAAAAAGGAAAGGAAGAAAAAAAUGAAUGAGAAAAGGAAAAGGGAAGAGGGAUCUGACAUCGAAGAUGAGGACAUGGAGGAACUUCUUAAUGACACAAGACUUUUGAAAAAGCUUAAGAAAGGCAAAAUUACUGAAGAUGAAUUUGAGAAGGGGUUACUGAUGAGUGGCAAAAGAGCAACUGGGACAGAGGACCUGGGGCUGUCUGAGCCGGAAGAUGGCUGCUGAUUCCAGCACCUCAGGUGACGUGCAUGAGGAGACACGGGCCUGUACUGGGGGACAGCGCCGUGUGCCUUGACGGGGGUCAGAGCUUUCGGACACAGUGGAGAAUAGCGGCCCCUAGGGCUGGCAUUAUGAGCAGCUUCACCCUCGUGACUGCUUUGUGAAAAUACCAGACCUGAAGACGUCUAAGGAGGAAAUGUAACAUGAUUCUGACAGUCACCUAAGUUUUUUUUUUUUUUUUUUUUUUGGUCUUUUUGAGACAGGGUCUCGCCAUGCAGUUCAGGCU